CGCCGCCGUGGCCGCGGCAUGGAGGAGCGGCCGCGCCGCCGCUGAGCCGCGCCGCCAUGGCCAAGAGCCGCGGGGGCGGCGGGCCCGGCUCGCCCGGCGGCCGCCACCACAGCCUGGCCGGCACCCGCGAGAGCCUGGCCGAGCCGGGCGGCGACGAGCUCAGCUCGCUCGGCUCCGACUCCGAGGUGAACGGCGGCGGCCCCGAAGAGCGGCGCGUCGAUAAGUUCGGCUUCAUCGUAGGCAGCCGCAGCGCCGAGGGGCCGCUGGAGGAGGUGCCCUUGGAGGUGCUACGGCAGCGGGAGUCCAAGUGGCUGGACAUGCUCAACAACUGGGACAAGUGGAUGGCCAAAAAACACAAGAAGAUCCGGCUGCGGUGCCAGAAGGGGAUCCCGCCCUCGCUGCGGGGCCGCGCCUGGCAGUACCUGUCCGGGAGCAAGGUCAAGUUGGAGCAGAACAUCGGCAAGUUUGAUGAGCUGGAUCUCCUCCCGGGUGACCCGAAGUGGUUGGAUGUGAUCGAGCGGGAUCUCCAUCGGCAGUUCCCCUUCCACGAGAUGUUCGUCUCACGCGGAGGCCACGGGCAGCAGGACCUGUUUCGGGUGCUGAAGGCAUACACGUUAUACCGCCCGGAGGAGGGCUACUGCCAGGCCCAGGCCCCCAUCGCCGCCGUCCUGCUCAUGCACAUGCCGGCCGAGCAAGCAUUCUGGUGCCUGGUGCAGAUCUGUGAGAAGUACCUCCCCGGCUACUACAGCGAGAAACUGGAGGCCAUUCAGCUGGACGGGCAGAUCCUUUUCUCGCUGCUGCACAAGGUCUCGCCCGUGGCCUACAAGCACCUGAGCAAGCAGAAGAUCGAUCCCAUCCUCUACAUGACGGAGUGGUUCAUGUGCGCCUUCUCCCGCACGCUGCCCUGGAGCUCUGUCCUGCGCGUCUGGGACAUGUUCUUCUGUGAAGGGGUGAAAAUAAUUUUCCGGGUGGGCCUCGUGCUGCUCAAACACACCCUGGGCUCCUCGGACAAGCUCAAGUCCUGCCAGGGCCAGUACGAGACCAUGGAGAGGCUGAGGGCCCUCAGCCCCAAGAUCAUGCAGGAGACCUUCCUGGUGCAGGAGGUCAUCGAGCUGCCGGUGACGGAGCGUCAGAUCGAGCGGGAGCACCUGAUCCAGCUGAAGAAGUGGCGGGAGACGCACGGGGAGCUGCAGUGCAAGUCCCCCCCGCGCCUGCACGGCGCCAAGGCCAUCAGCGAGGCCGAGCCCCCCACCCGCAAGGCGCUGGAGCCCGUCCCCUCCAUCAUCGUCCCCCCCGGGCCCGCCCCGGUGCCCAAAGCCCGCAAGAGCAAGGAGAAGAGCCGAGAAAAGGGCCCUGCCAGCCCCGCCGAGGGCAACGGGGCGCCCGGUUCGGCCCGGGAGCUGCUGCACCCCCAGGUCUCCCCCCACCACCAGUCCAAGGAGAGCCUGAGCUCCCGGGAGAGCGAGGACACGUACUUGUAGGGCUGGCGCGGUGCUGGGUCCGUACCCCGGGCAGCCGGGCUCAGCUGGGCUGCGCACGCGCCCGGGCUCGAGGACGCUGAUGGGGGGACCCCUGGUACCUGGUGCUGGGGGGCUCUGAGCUGGAGGGACGUGGCUUCAGGGGGACACCGUGGUCCCCGUGUGCAUGGAUGCCCGCUCGGGGAAUGCUCAAAGCUCGGGGUGGGGGGGUGGGGGGGCAUCCCUGGGAGCUCGGCCAGGGGUGGUGACCAAAGGUCUGUGCCGGGUGCCCACCCCAGCAGGGUGCUGGCACCACGAGUGGUGGGAGCCCUGGCAGGGGGUGGCUGAGCCACCUCAGCUCCCUCCCCACAGCUGGGGAGGGGACACCGGCUGCCCCUUGGGCCUUUCUCCCUGUCCCAGAGCCCCUCAACCCGCUGCCCCCCAGGGUCCCUCCCACAGCCCCCACCCUGCGCCAGCCGGGCAGACCCAGACCCAGUCCCUGAGCACUCGCGCCUGGUGCAGGGGGCCUGGGGGUACGUGAGGAGCUGGGGGGACCCCUUGCCCCCCCUCCUCUUUAUCUAGUGAGGAUAUAUCAAGCUGUAGCCCUAUAUCUAGUACCAAAUUUACCUACUCACUGAGCCUAUUUAUUAUUCCUCCGUGGCAGUAACCGUCGCAGGACGGGGACGGAGGUUGGGAGCUGCAGGCACGAUGCGCCAGAGGCAGUGGGGUUUGAUGCCAGGCCGUGGGGCUAAAGCCCCCCAACCCCCUGUCCCUGGGCUCCCCAUUGUUUGGGGGGAACAUUUGCCCUGCUGCGGCUCUCCCCACCGCUGCCCCCCGGCCCCGAGGCCCCAGAGGAGGUGAGAUGAGAUGGGUGAGCGGCCGGGUGCUCCCCGGCUGUGGGGUUCCCCCUUCUCUUCCCCCCCCCCCCCGCCCGCCCCAAGGGCUGGGGGCAGCUUUGUAAAAUAAAAGCGGGGAAAAACAGUUUUGUACAAAGGGGUAAAAUAAAGCAGGAUUGUGUAAAGGCGCA